AUGUGUGAUUGUCCCGUGUGUGGUCUGCAGGAGGGCGGUCAUCUCCAGAUUCUGGGUCUGGUUCGCUCAGACGAGGGUUUCUAUCAGUGUAUCGCUGAGAACGAGGCGGGAAACAGUCAGGCGAUGGCUCAACUCAUCCUGCUGCAGCCCGUGACCCCGAGCUCAGGCGUCCUCCCCUCUGCUCCCCGUGACGUGGCCCCCGUCCUCGUGUCCAGCCACUUCGUGCGCCUCAGCUGGCGGCCCCCGGAGGAGACGCGCGGGACCAUCCUGACCUACGGCGUCUUCUUCUCCGAGGAGGGAAUCAACAGGGAGCGCAGCCUGAAUGUGACGGAGGCCGAGGGUCUGCAGCUGAUGGUCAGUAAUCUCCGACCGGAGGCCACGUACUCCUUCAGGGUGGUGGCGUAUAACGAACAAGGGCCCGGAGAGAGUUCAGAGGCCAUCCGACUGUCCACGCAACCUGAGCUUCUGGUUCCUGGUCCAGUGGAGAACCUGCGGGCAGCAGCUGCGUCUGCGUCGUCCAUCCAGGCGUCCUGGGAUCCUCCGACUCACGCCAGCGGCCCGGUCCAGAGCUACCGGCUGCUGUGGACCGAGACCUCCACCGGAAAAGAGCAGAACGUGGAGGUGGUGGGUCAGAGCUAUAGGAUGGAGGGCCUGAAGAAGUUCACGGAGUAUUCGUUACGAGUGCUGGCGGUCAAUCGGCACGGUCCCGGCCUCUCCGACACAGACACGCUCAUCACCACGCUCUCAGACGUGCCCAGCGCUCCACCGCAGAACAUCUCACUGGAGGUCGUCUACUCACGGUCGGCUGAUACUACAGCUCUCAGUCACACCGUCACGGGUCUGAAGCCCAACACCAUGUACGAGUUCUCCGUCAUGGUGACUAAAGGACGCAAGUCCAGCACGUGGAGUAUGACGGCACACGCCACCACAUACGAAGCAGCGCCGAGUUCCGCCCCUAAGGACCUUACUGUGAUUGGCCGAGAGGGACGUCCACGAGCCAUUCUGAUUAGCUGGCAGCCGCCGCUGGAGGCCAACGGACGAAUCACAGGUUAUAUCCUGUACUACACGCUGGACAAGAACAUGCCCAUCGACGACUGGGUGAUGGAGCCCAUCGGCGGAGACCGGCUCACGCACCAGGUCAUGGACCUCAACCUGGACACCGUCUACUUCUUCCGCAUCCAGGCCAAAAACGCCAAAGGAGUGGGGCCGCUGUCGGAGCCUGUGCAGUACAGGACGGCUAAAGUUGAGCAUCCUGACAAGAUGGCCAAUGAUCAAGGUCGUCAUGGAGACAGCAGUUACUGGCCGUCUGACAAUAACCCGGUUGACAUGAGCAGCCUGAACGAGCCUCCCAUCGGUCAGAUGCGGCCGCCGCAUGGCAGCGUGACGCCGCAGAAGAACAGCAACCUGCUGGUCAUCAUCGUUGUUUCCGUGGGAGCCGUUACCGUGGUAGUGGUGGUGAUCGUCGCCCUGAUCUGCACCCGCCGCUCGUCCGCCCAGCAGAGGAAGAAGCGUGCGACACACAGCACGGGGAAGCGGAAGGGCAGCCAGAAAGACCUGCGACCUCCUGACCUCUGGAUCCAUCAUGAGGAGAUGGAGCUGAAGCCCCCCCCCCCCCGGCCGGGAGUCGCCCACCCAGAGCUGCCAAGAGAUGGCGCCGGUCAGCCACAGCCAAUCAGAGAGCCAGAUGGGCAGCAAGAGCAGCCACUCAGGUGCAGAUGGAGAUGAAUCUUCCAGCAGCAUUUCCACGUUAGAGCGAUCGUUAGCCGCCCGCAGGGCCACGCGCACCAAGAUGAUGAUUCCCAUGGACUCUCAG